AGCUCGUCAAAGUUGUUUUGUGAACUUUUCUGACAUGUUAAACUGUAAAUCAUUUAUUACACAAAAGAACGCCUAAUAUCGCAAUAAGUAUCUUAUAGUUUAGCUAGUGAUGUAUUAAAAUUACCUUUAGUUAAAAUGGCAUUCUUAUGUCCAGUGAGAAUUAGACGGGGGAAGAAAAAGAAAUCAAAUUUUUUUAUAGCAAGCAGUGGGGACUCAGACAAGGAUUUAUCCAGACCAGGUUCCGGGCUCAGCCCCGGCAUGGGCCGGAUCACAGGAUCAGCGAGCAUAGAGACCUUAGUGAGAGUGGGAAUAGAGAAGGAACAUGGUUUAAGUCCGGACUCCAAAAUGGUGGUUCUGCAUGACUUUGCACCAUGUGUUGAUGACGAAUUAGAGGUAAAACGUGGUCAAAUUGUAAAUGUAUUAUAUCGAGAGAAUGAUUGGGUGUAUGUAAUAGUGGCAGAGUCUCGGAGAGAGGGUUUCAUACCUCACUCGUACUGUGCUCCAUGUGAGCACCAUGACUUGAAGAAGAAAUUACCGAGGAGUAGAUCUCCGGCUGACAUACAACACAGAGAUGUUUCACAAUUAUCAGUCUCAGACGGUGCAACAAAUGAUGGGCAUUCGGAGCUGGGCAGCGAGGGUGAAGCCUGUCCGUUCAGCAAAGAUCCUUCGGGUCGAUAUGUGGUGCUGUACACAUUCACUGCUCGAGACGAAAAUGAUGUUGAUGUAGAGAGAGGGGAGUUUGUUACAGUUUUGAACAGAGAAGAUCCAGACUGGUACUGGAUAGUGCGAAGUGAUGGACAGGAAGGUUUUAUUCCUUCAGGAUUUGUGUAUCCUGCUGUGGUACAAGCAAAUCAGCAAGAUAACCCCCAGCCGCCACCCCAGCACUCCCCACCCGCUAACCCCAACAGCACAGUGAUGUCGACUGGUACCAACAACACUCAUAAUGACGGCCGCUACCACGGCACGGAGCUAGUCAUGCUGUACGAUUAUAAGGCCCAAGCCCCGGACGACCUGUCAGUGAAGCGCGGAGAAUGGGUGUACGCUGACCUCACGCAGCAAACCGUGGAGGGCUGGUUAUGGGCCCACGCGCCCAAGUCACGCCGCUCCGGAUUCAUACCCACCGCUUACGCUCGAGCCCCGCACACCACGUCACUGUAAAUGUUGCUAGCAACGUGUAUGCGAGUUGAUGGUGGAAGGCCUGAUUUAGACGGUGUACGAACUUGCAUGCGAUUUUAGUUACAUUGCGGGUUGUUGAGGGUAUAUACAAUUUUGCACAGCCAUCAAAUACCGCAACGUAGUAAAACUCGUAUGCGAGUUCUCGUACCGUCUAAAUGGGCCCGAAGACUGCCUGUGGCAUAAACUCGCGCUGCUCUUAAGUAUAUACCCAACGCAAAUGCUCAAGCUCCGUAUGCUCACUGAAAAGUUUCAGACCUGUCAUUAUAGGCGAUGUGCUGCAUCAAACCGUGCAGGGGUGGUGCCAGGGGUGGUCACGCGCCGAUCUGGCUUCAUACCCACCUAUACAAUGUUCCCAAGCGUAUCAGUGAAAGCGAUGGGACGCGACCUAACAGAGGGUUAGUUGUGGGCCCACGUCGCGCCGCUCUGACUUCUUACCAACCCCCUAAGGAGCCCCUCACACUAAAUCACUGUGAAUGUUACUAGCGACGUGUCAGUGAAAGCGAUUUUAACAAAAGAUGACUGGAAAACUGUCUACAGCAAGCUCCAACUUUACACCAACCCAACUGUAUACGCUAUAAAUAUCCAUACGCCAAGUUCCCCUUGAGUACUGUCUACAGACUAUAAUGAUCGCCACUACCGUGGAUGACCACGAUAAAAUAGGUGUACAAGCACCUUCAAAACCUUUUAUAAUUAUUGUUUAAGUAUGCAGUGCCUUUAACUUAGCCUUUUAUACUAUAGCCAUAUUUAGACCCUUGUAAAAUAUAGGUAAAUUGUCUUCCAACUUAUUUUCAAAUUCGUAAACAUUAUUUUUAGCUAGUGUAAAAUAUCCGUCCAAAAUUGACUGAAUCUCAUAUUACGCUUUACUUUUUUAAACAUAGUUGUAAGGGUUUAUGUAAUGUCAUUUUGAAAUAAAAACAAUUAGAUAUGU